GAGCCAUUUCGGGAAUGAACUGGCCACUCAAAAAAUUAAAAAAAAAAAAAAAAAUGCCACACUAAUCAAUUCCUCGAUUGAGGAAAGAGAGGUCCCGGACCAUGGCUGUUCCUUCCGAGCAAUUUCCUGCUUGUUCUUUGCUCGGAUCCGAAGGAACAAAUCCAGCGCCAUCCAAGAACGCACAAGCAUCGGAGGCGAGAUGAGUGAAGCGCCCGCUGGAAGAUACUGGUGCCAUGCCUGCGGCCGAAUGGUGAAUCCGGUCGCGGAACCAGAACUGAAGUGCCCCCUUUGCGACGAUGGCUUCGUGGAAGAGAUGGAGAGCGGGGGACUAAAUGACUCCGCCUCCGAUCCGUCCCUCGCCCUCUGGGCUCCGAUCUUGCUAGAGAUGCUGGGCGGGUCAGCUCGGCGACCCAGAUCCAGAAGAGGCCCCAAUCUGGAUCGCGAGUUCGAGAACUUCGUGAGGCGGAGGCGCAGGGGGUCUGCCAUUGUCCGGCUGCUUCAGAGCCUGCAAGACGAUCUGAGGUCAGGCAUAGGCAACAUGGAAGCGGGUCUGGAAAGGGCAAGGGAAAGGGAAAGGGAAAACCUAAUUCUCAUCGACCCUUUCAACCAGGCCCUACUUCUCCAAGGAUCGUCGGACACAAACCGAAACGGAGGCCAUGAGGAAUCGAUCAACAGCGGCGGCGUCGGCGCCUCGUUGGGGGACUACUUCAUCGGCCCCGGACUGGACAUCCUGUUGCAGCAUUUGGAAGACAAUGAUCCGAGCGGGUACGGCACUCCACCAGCUAAGAAAGAGGCCAUAGAUGCCCUGCUCACGGUCAAGAUCGAGGAAGCUGCCGCAGGCUGUUCGAUCUGUCUCGAGGACUUCGACAUCGAUAUGGAAGCGAAAGAGAUGCCGUGCAGGCAUAAGUUCCAUAGUGGUUGCAUCUUGCCAUGGCUGGAGCUCCACAGCUCCUGCCCCGUCUGUAGGUCUCAGUUGCCUGCUGAUGAAUCAAAAUUUUCAAAUGGGUCUAGUGAUGGCGCCAGUGUUGAGAGGGGGGCUAGAGAUCAUAACGGGCUAUGGGUUCCUGUCCCAUGGCCUUUCAAUGGACUCUUCUCGUUAUCGCCUUCUUCGCAGAGCCGGGCGAACUCAUCGUGGAAUGCACCAUCUUCGUCGUCGUCGGCGGCGUCUAACUCUGAAAGCAGCAACUCUCAUUGUGAGAACUGACUUUGUUGGGUCCUCUUUCAAUGGUGAAAGUUUGUGGAUGUCGAUCCUGAAGUUUGUUCUGGACCGUUGUGUUUUUUGUUUAACUUGUUUUGUUUAUGGAAGAUGUAAUAAUUGAAUGUGAAAUUGCGUUGUAUGCACCUUUGUUUUUUUACCAAGAGAUUGUUGGAAAAACAGAUUGUAGAUAUAAAAUAUUCAAUUUUUGGCAA